UAUGUUUGCAAGUUGUAAGUUACAACGACUUGACAUUGUUUAUUUAUUAGAAAACGAUGAACGUAGUGCUUGUCACGCAAAUAUGUAUAUAGACGUAUAAAAAGUUGUUGAGCCUCUGAUUUUAUUUGUCUUUCUGCAUUGCACGUGCGCACGCCAUGCGUAUUUGUCAAAAUUGUAAUUUGUGUACAAAAUAGUGCAUGAUAAACCGAGCAAUAAUAUACAGCGAUUAUUCAUUGUAUUAAGUUCAUGAUGUUUUGAUAUGUGUUAAAGAAAAAUAAUUUCAUAAAAUUACUCAAAAUGUCUUCUGUAUUAGCUCGCACUCACUGCUUGGUGAAUCAAAAAAUGCAGCUCAGAUCCAUAUGCACUUCAGUUUUUAAGUGCAAGCAAUUCAAUGCACAAUUUGGAAAAGCCAUGGCAAAAGUUAUGACUUUUGAUAUAACCAAAAAAACUCGCUUGAAAAUUGGAGAGAAACCAACUCCAUACGUAAAAAUUGCCUCUGGGACUGCGAUAGGAAAAAAUCCAAGCGUUACUCUACAAAAAAGAAGAGUCACAGUUCUUAAUAAAAUAUUUAUGAGUCACAUUUGUGAAUUAAUGGCAACUGGCACAGUAGCUGAACAAUUGCUUGGGCGAGGAAUAGAAAUUACUCAUGUUAAAGUUGCUCCAGAUUUUAGAGUUGUUAAUGUUUUUUGGCAUGCGAAAAAAAACUCAAAUGUGAAUGAAUCAACCGAAAAACUUCUCCAAACGGCAGCUGGUCAUUUGCAGCAUGAGUUAACUCAGUUGAGAGUAAUUGGCAUUGUACCACCCAUCAAUUUUGUUAGAAAUAGAUACAUUGGAGCAACUGCAGAGGUAGAAGAACGACUGGCUGAAGUUGAUUUUGGAGAAGAGUUUGUUCCAAACGCUCAUCUUUCUAAAAACAAAAGUCCAAUUCUUGAAACAACUCUUGAACCAGAAAUAAAAGCCAAAUUGGCAGAAGUAGAUAGAUCAACAAUUGAUCCAGAAGAUGAGUCAUUGUAUGACAUUCAAAUACCAGAAAUGCAACAUUGUGUUAUGGGAUUUAAUCAUGAAACUAUAAUGAAAAAGCUGAAAAUUUCAUUGAAUAAAGCAAAAUUAGCAAGAGAGAGGCAAUCAUUAGAAGAAACAAAUGAAAAUACAGAAUCUGAAUCUAAUCAACUAAGCGCAGACGCCUUACCAACGAUGAUAAAUCUAUUAACUAGAUCAGAAGAAAAUCAGUUGUUUGAUAAUUUUUUGAAACAGCGUGCCUCACAAGAAAGACGCAAAAACCGUGCAAAUAGGAUCGAACUAAAAUUGGAAGAGGAAAAAGAAAGGAUGUUAAGAGCAUCUGAACAAUAUAGUACUUCUGAUGAAGUGGAUUAUGAAGAAGAGUAUAGAGACGAGUAUGAAGACAUAGAAAAUGCCAAAUAAAAUUUUACUAGAUAGUCAUUCAAGUGUAAAUAAUAUUGUUAAGUUGCGAAAAGAAUAAAAAUAAUUUAAAAACAUAAAUUUUAACUUCAUCUAGAAAUAGAAUAUUUCAAGUCACUGAU